CUCAUGCAAGUACAACAGGCAUCAUCACACCAACAAAUUCAGCAGCACCAACAACAGCAACUUCUUCAUCAACAGCAGCCACAGCUUGUGCCCCAACAGCAGCAGCAGCAGCAGCAGCAGCAGUUGUUGCAACCGCAGCAAAUACAGCAACAACAAAUUCAACAACAGCAAAUUCAACAACAACAAAUUCAGCAGCAACAGAUGCAACAACAACACAUCCAGCAGCAACAACUGCAGCAGCAACAAAUGCAGCAGCAACAAAUGCAGCAGCAACAAAUACAGCAGCAACAAAUACAGCAGCAACAGCAACAAGAGCAGCAGGAACAGUUUCAGAAACAGGUGCAAAUGUUGCAGCAAACGAAAGCCAAAUCCAAGUUCAGUGCUGCUCAGGAGGGCGGCGGCAUGCUGCUGCAGCAGGCGGCACAGGCACCUGCACACAACCAGUCUGAUGCAUCACAAGCACAACCACCACCUUCUAAGGCCUCCUCAGGGACCAUAAGUGGAAUGCUAGCAGACUUCAGCAGGGCUCUUGGUUUGGGUGGAACAUCACCACGCCCAUCACCUUCUGACGACAAGCCGAGUACCAACAGCCAAGGACUCCAGCAGCCUACAAUGCAGUACCCACAACAACAGCAGCAGCAGUUGCAGCAACAACAACAGCAGCAGCAGCAACAGAUGCAACAGCAGCAGAUGCAACAGCAACAGAUGCAGCAGCAGCAACUCCAGCAGCAGCAGCUUCAACAGCAGCAACAACAUCAACUGUUCCGACAGCAGCAGCAGAUGUUGGGAGAGUUUGGAGAGAUAUCAGGUGCACUGUUCCCGCAGCACCUGACACCACAGCAGCAGCAGAUGUACCAGCAGCACAUGCAGCUGCAGCACCAGGCACAGCACCUCAAGAAGAUCCGCCGCUCGCUGCCACACUCUGCAGACCAGCAGCAGCAGCAGCUGCAGCAAAUACGCCAGCAGACGUUACAUCGAAAGGAUCUGAAUCAGUCACAGAUUUUAGUUGGUUCGCAGUCGGUGCUAGCGGGUUCGCUAGCCAGCAGUCAACCUGUGAUUGGCAGCAUGCCUCAAAUCCAGACCCAACCCACUGGUCGGUUUGCCAUGGGGGCGCACCUUGUCUCAAGUCAACAGGCAACACGCAGUCUUCAUGCAGCCACUGUGACACCAAUGGGGACGCCUCAAAGCACACCUGUUGGCACUCCACGGGGCCCAAGGGAUGGUGGUGGUGAUUCUUCAGAUACAAUGAGUGAAACAGAUUCUCAGAAAUCAUUGAGAAUGAGACGCAAAUUACCACCUAUACCAGCUGAUCAAGAAGCAGCACCUCUUCCAUCAACUAAGAAAAGGUCCUUUUCACCCUUGCGACAGACUUCUCUUGAUGGACUGCUACCAAGGACAUCAAAUCUGAUGUUAGCCAGGCCAAGUGCUAGUGAAACUAACCUUCGAAAAAUUGCUCUUGGGGUUGAUCCUAUCCCACGACCUGGAUCAGCACUGGGUUUAUUGCAAGCUUCAAGUGUUGUGAGCAGCUCAGGAAUGAGGCCAAUCACAACGGGUAUUGGUACAACAGAUCUGACAAGUACAACAGCAACAUACUCAUCACCACUGGCUGACUUAGCAUCAUGUUUGCCUCCAGACUUGAGACACUUACUUGGAAAUUCAACAUAUUCUGAUUCUGGAAAUUAUGGAAAGCAGCUGCCAAGUUAUAUGCGAAGCCUUAAAGAGCAACUGAGAGAUGAAAUUAAAUUUGCUGCUGCUGAGCGCAGGAGACUGCUGACCACUCCUGAUAAGGAUCGGGAUACGAGGCUCCGAGAAAAAUUUGAACCGUUGAAAAGGUUGGAUAUCCAGAGGAAGAUUGCCUCCCCCAUAAUGGGACGCUCCCGGAAGAUACGGGGUCAUCGUAGGCAGCUCUCUGACCCUAAAAUACACCCGCCAUUUUCUCCCAUCAAGGAAGACGGAGACCUGGAGAGUGAUUACGACAGGGGGUACCUUGGCUACUUACAUCCAAGUCUGAAGCCUCCAUACAAAGCUUAUGAAUAUGAGUCUAUUGACGAUACUGGGAGACGAGCAGAGUGGGACCCAUCCCAGUCCUACCUGGCGUCUUCAUAUGCAGCGGCCGGCGGAGCCCUCAGGGAAACUGCCAUCAACAGCGUUCUGGACGAGGACCGCUACAUCACCAACUCUAGGUACAGCCUGCGGCGGUCGAGCGACGGGCUGGAUGUGCGCCGCCGCCACGACAGCCGCAAACACCGCAAGCCGCGCUCGUGGCACCCUUCGCCCUACGGCAGUGACGACGAUGACGACCAGCUGACGCGCGAAGAGAAGAAGGCCAAGAUCAAAGCGGAGAUAGCGCGCCGCCGCCAGCAAAUUGAAGAGAACGCGCGCCUCCACGAAGAACUGUUGCGCUUGGCACGCCUCCGCGAAAGUGCCGAGCUGGGGUUCACGCCGCACUCGGGGCCGGAAGCCGGCCGCGGCGGCUACGGAACUUCGAGUGUGCUCAAGUCCAUAGACGAACUGCUGCUGUCCGGCCGUGGGCUGCAUUUCGACUACCGAGCACACUCUCCCCGGCGCACGGAAGAGGACCGCUCCAUGGAUCGGAUAGCGUCCACCUUCCGCACUGACGACUACACGUCCGGCGUGUACGAGCGCCUGUCCGACUUCUCGCCGUUGACGGACUUCACCCCGCAUGCAAUGCCUCUCCUCCCGGACAUGCCCACUCGGUCACGUAAGCUGCUGGAGGACUUAGGCAGUUCUCCCAUCACCGAGUCCGUGCUCGCGCUGCCACAGAAAGGCAAGUAUGGCUCCAGACUCUACGCCAAAUAA